AUGGCGCAAAAAAAAGAGGGCGGCUCUUCAGGCGAAGACGCGGAGAUGCACGCAGAAGGAGCGGGAAACGCGGAGGACGCAGCGGCCAUGGACGAGGAUGGGAAGGGUGCGAAGAACAAGCGGCUCGGGGUGCGGGGCAAGGUGAUUGGGAAGAACAAGGGGACCCGGGGGAAAGCGCUUAAAGGGACCAGCGGUGGGCGCAAGUUCAGUGCGCGGAAAACGGUGAAGGGGAAGAAGAAGGGGCUGAAGGUGCCAAAGAAGGUGGCGGCUAAGAUAGCGCGGAAGUCCAAGUACCCGGUCUGA